UUACCUUAGGUUUGGCUUCAAGGGUUGCAACAUUUUGGCGCGAAAAUCCUCCGAGCCCCGUCGUCUCCGAUUCUCCCUCCGCCGCACAAUCACCGGACAAUGACCACCGUACGAGACUUAACCGACCUCUUCACGAGGCUCGCUUCCCACCUCGACGGUUCUUCUUCUUCCCAUCACAAUCUCCCAGAAGACGCCAACCGAGCUCUGCAACUCUCCGUCGCGAAUCUCAACCGGUCCCUGAACCUCGACGACGAUUCUAGGGUUAGGGUUUUGGACGCGGCCCUGUCGCUGAUGUGCUUCAAAGCACCACAGGUUUUCGAUUCGGUGGUGAAGUACUCGGUGCAAACAAUCGUCGGCGUUUUGUCGUCUUCGGUUGGAUGCAAGGUCUUGCGGUUUCCGAAAGACGAGGUUUUGCUGAUCGGCAGCUCGAUUUCUGGCCGCGAUUGUGGGGAUUUGAUCGAGGCAUGCUCCGAUGUUCUUGGAAAGCUUAAAGGACACCGUGAGCAAUAUGAAGAUCUACUGUGUGCUGUUCUAAGGGUUGCAAUUUCAUCGUCUUCCUAUCGAUAUCUAUACCCGCCAAGGCCUAUGCUUGAUUUGAGAUCAAUUGAUGCAAGACAAAAGACAGUUUCAAAGUUUCUCAGUACUUUUCCCAAGGGGUUUUCCCUUGACAACAACAAAAUCCCAUUUAGACUAGUGUCCUGGUUUCUUGACCCGCCAACUUUAAAGCAUGACAUUGAAAAGGUUUUGCAUGAGUCGAUGAAGAGACCUUUCAUUUGUCUGUGUAAGGAGUUUCAUGAGAGGAUGGAUUGGCGUUCCGUCAUCAUAUGCUUGGUACUUUCUCCUGUUAUGUUUAUUGAGACGAGAGCUUUGUUGCACAGAUGGUUCCUACUGACGGGUCUGGCUUCUGUGCUAGAGCUUCUAGUCGCGUUAUGCUCAGUGAUACUAGAUGUAGUUUCCCGACCAACGUGGUGGGACAUCUCAUCGGAAUUGGGAGCAAAACUGCCAUUCUCUAAUGCUUAUUUUCCCCAUCACCACCACUUACUGAGGAUUUUGGCUGGACCCCUCUCUCACGUUAGUCUUCUACAUUUAGUCCGCGUUACAAGUGAAUUGUUCUCUUGCACUGAUAAACAAUUUGAUCCAAUUAUUAAGGCACCUGCAAUGAAGGCUGAACAAGUAGACCACAAGUCUAGCUGGGCUCUGGCAAUCAACUUCCCAAAUUGGUUCUACUUUGCUUCUGCUUUGCUCUUAUCGAAGAAUAGCUUUCAGGACAACAUUUAUUCAAAAUGUAUAUCAGAGGCAUCCAAUAUUGGAAACACGCAUAAUGAAGAAUCACCUUCUGCUGCGGCAAGGUACAUUGCCUGGAUUCUGAACCCUCUUAGUAAAUCGAAUCAGGACUUACUAACCGAUUCUUUGGUUAAGAUAUCAAAACUUCUGGCUUCUAAACAAUUUGGCUCAGGUAUAUAUGAGAAGAAGGCAGCUUAUGACAGGAAGAUGCUCAAGAAACCCAAAUUAUGUGACAAGGAAUACAAGAAUCAUACAGAACGUUAUGAUUGUCAAAUCAUAGCACUCUGGCUUAAGGAAUUCAAAAGUGUGUACACAGUGUACUCGAACAAAAUUUCCAAAAGUUCUGCAUCAUGCGACAUUAAAUUCUCCUGUGAUCAUAGUAUGCAACAAAAUGCAUUAUUCAGGAGAAUAGCAUUAGGCAUAUUGCUUGGACGUCUCAAUUAUAUAGAUGAAGAUGCAUGUGAAUUACUGCUGCAUUAUGCCACAACCGACAGAGUAUUGCACUCAAGAGAAACCAAGACUUCAAGUUUGAAAAAGGUGAAAUGUAAUCAUGAAGGGAAGAAAGACGUAAUCGUGUGGAUUGAUGAAUAUAACAAGGAGGAAUCUGUGGCAGGUGCCUGUCUUGUCUUUAAUUUAACUGAUACUGUUGAAAGUAUGUCUGCUUCAUUGUUUGAAACGGAAGAGGCUGGAUUAGAUUUUAUUUGCCAGGUGAAAUUGAAGGUUGGUAAAUACUUGGUAAAAUGCAUCCAGAGGCAAAUUCAACUAAAAAUUGAUGAAGACGGAAAUGUUUUGGUGAUGGAUCUUUGCCAAAGAUUGAAGCAGUGGAGGCACCAAGGGCGGAUAGUACUAGAGAUUCACAAAGAACUAGAUGAUCUUAUCAAUGUUCUUAGUCAUAAAUUAUCUUCUCUUUGAGGAGAUGUUGUAAAGAUUUUGCCCCUCAAGAGAUUAUGAGAGAUAAGUGUGGGAACAUGU